AUGCCCAGUUAGUGUCCAUGCGCAAAGCCACAUUAUUUUAAAUUAUUAUUAUUUAAUUAAAAACUCUACUCAAUUAAUAAAUAAAAAAUUAAAUCUACUUUUUUUUCAUUUUGUAAGGAUCAUAAAGUCAUUGUCUUAGGAUUGACAACAUCAGGCAUCUUAGUAAGGUAUUCUAAUAUAUUAUGUAAAUAGUGUUGGAUUAUUAUAUUAUAAUAAAGAUGAUCAAGAAUAUUAAGAUUCCUUAAAUACAUCAAAUAAUAUGUAUGAAAGUGUAAACAAAAAUACCUAAAAACAAAAUAUUUUUGAUUUAGAAAGAGUUGAUAUGUUAUAAUAUUCAAUAGAAGUUGCAGGAGAUGAAUACUUAAGAAUUACCUUAGCAAAUAGAAAAUAGAGGAGGAUUUAUAAAUGA